UGAAGACAAAGCAGUGCAAGCCUCCAAGCCCCAACUUCAACCAAAACCACUUUUUCUUUACAUCACACCGGCGUUAAAUAUUCCGUCCACUUUUCCGAUCUCUUCUCCAGCUACUCUUGGAUUUCUCUCAUCGGAAAGAUGGCAAUAGAAUGAGGAAUCAGAAGCGGCGAUCAUGUCCGUAUCGAUUUCCAACUGCUUCUCUAAUUUACUCUGCCAGGAAGAUUCUUCCGGCGUCUUCUCCAGCGAGUCGCCGGGGUGUUCUUCCGACCUCGAUUCUCCGGCUUGCGUCGAGGAAUCUAUUUCCGUCUUCAUCAAGAAUGAGAGUCACUUCGUCCCCGAUUACGACUGUUUGUCGCGCUUCCAAUCUCCGUCGCUUGAUGCGGCCGCUAGAUUAGACUCUAUUGCAUGGAUUCUUAAGGUUCAAGCGUAUUACGGUUUUCAGCCGUUAACAGCGUAUCUCUCCGUUAACUACUUGGAUCGCUUUCUUAGUUCACGCCGUUUGCCGCAAACAAAUGGGUGGCCAUUGCAACUCCUCUCUGUUGCUUGUCUUUCACUCGCUGCUAAAAUGGAGGAACCUCUUGUUCCCGCAUUACUGGAUCUUCAGGUUGAAGGGGCAAAAUAUAUAUUUGAACCCAGAACAAUAUGCAGGAUGGAAUUAUUAGUGCUGAGAGUAUUGGAUUGGCGGCUGCGUUCAGUAACACCGUUCAAUUUCAUAGCUUUUUUUGCUUGCAAGCUUGACCCAUCUGGAGAUUUCAUUGGGUUUCUUAUCUCAAGAGCAACAGAAAUUAUACUGUCACAUAUCCGAGAGGUAAUAUUUCUGGAGUACUGGCCAUCGUGUAUUGCGGCAGCCGCCUUGCUUUGUGCAGCAAAUGAAGUCCAGAAUUUGUCUGUUGUCAAUCCAGAACAAGCUGAAUCAUGGUGCAGUGGUCUAAGGAAAGAAAAUAUCAUCGGCUGCUACCGUUUAAUGCAAGAGAUUGUGCUUGAUAAUAGCCGGAGAAACUUCCCCAAAAUCAUACCUCAGUUUAGAGUGACAGUCCGCACUAGAAUGAGAUCCAGCGACUUAUCCUCUUACUCUUCCUCUUCCUCAUCUUCAUCAUCACCAAACAAAAGGAGAAAAUUAAACCAGACCCAUUUCUGGGUAGAUGAUGAUGAUAAAGGUAACACCGAAGAAUGAGAGUUAAAAAGUAGAAUCCUCCAUAUUUUUUGGGAGGGUUUAGAUGUUAAGUUAACAUUUAACUAGAAUGGAUGGUGCGUGUUAAUUAUAGUACAUAGAGUAAUGAAAUCUCAAAGUUUUCAGGUGAGCUGUGAGAUUUCAAUAAUUUUAUUUAUUUUUGGAUCUUGUUGGUGGGCAAUUGCCAUUAAUUUAAUGGCUUUUGCAGAUUCCCAAUGGGAAGGGAAACUAAAGGGGAAAGCGGGGUUGGUUUGAUUUUGAGGGAAAUGGCAGAGCGUUGAAUAAGUGGAGUCCAUAUGGAGUGUGAAAGAGAAAAGUUUGAAGGGGAAACUUGGAUUUAAAACUCUACAUUGAACAGUGGGAGUGGGACCUAUGAACUAUGAAAAAAGUUAUUGAGAAAAUCAUCAAGUGGGCAGUGGCAUAUGGUUUCAAGUUCCAAGUUUGAAGUCAGAGGAGAUUUUGAUUCAAAAGUUUCUCAUCUUCAACAACUAUAUUUUGUUGCUCCCCAAUGGAUGGGCAGUAAAUAAAUAGAAACGGGGUGGCUCCAAUUUACAGCUUUGAGUGGCUGUGUGUGUGCACACGUUUUUUGGUGCGUGGGCAUGCUUUUGCUUGUGUUUGUGUAGUGUAUGAGUGGAGGAAGUGCCUCUGUUUUUUUUAGUUGUGUGAGUUAAUUUUUACAGCUAGGGAAAAAAUCCCAAGUAUAGAGAAAGGGUCUUUGGGGCCUUUGAAUGCUUGUUGUAUUGUUUUUUUUUUUCAAUCAAUGUGAUUAAUUUUCACUCAUUUCUCUGUCUUUCUCUGUGUGACUCUGCCCAUCACAUGUGAUUGAUAAUCAAUACUUGGUAGCUU